AUGAAAGUAGAAAGCGUCGUAGGUAUAGGUGCUAACAAAGAGGUCAAAUACGUGGGGGACCCUGGCGGAAGUACGGAGGAUGCGCGGCGUAACAGGACACUUCCUCCCCUUGCUCCUUCGCCGGCGCUCCUUAAACGCAGCGGCUAUGACACCGAAUCGAGUGACUAUUCAGAGGACUCGACGGCCUACGACGAUGCGGCGGCUGCAACCAAAAGCGCUGGGCAGAGGAAGAAUAUCAACAGGGGGCGUUGGACGAAGGAGGAGGACAAACGGCUCAAAAUGUACGUGAGCCUGUACAGCGAGAACUGGGAGGCGAUCGCCGCCCAGUUCACGGACCGAUCGGACGUCCAAUGCCAGCAGAGGUGGACGAAGGUCGUCAAUCCGGAGCUAGUCAAGGGGCCGUGGACGAAGGAGAGCUGGAGCGAGCCCUUGAACGAGUCGGCCCAGAGCAACUCGUCCGCCGCGAGCCAGCCCGCCUCGAAGCAGGUGCUGCACUUCAGGCAGCUGCUCAAAGAUCAGCUCAACAGCCUCCAGCAGGCGCGGCCCGCCUCCCCGCACGGCGCCCCCCACGCCCCCCCCACGCCCCCCACGCCCCCCACUCCGCCACAAACGCCCCCCACUCCGCCACAAACGCCCCCCACCCCGCCGCACAAGGCGCCCAAGCCCCCUCUUCCGCCUCCCACGCCCCCCACUCCGUCGCCCUCGUCGCCGCCGACACCAACGCCCACCCCGUUCAAAAUGGCGAUGGCCGAGCUGGGCAAGAAGUCCGGCCUGAGGUACGAGCCCUCCAGCCCCGGCCUGCUGGUCGAGGACAUCACCGAGAUGAUCCAGCGCGAGGAGAACUCCGACGGCACGGUGCAGCUCAGCGACUCCAUGCUCUCCUCCGCCGCAGACCAGGACGCCGCCACCACUCAGAGCAAGACCCUGGCGGGCGACAGCUCCGUGCUCUUCUCGCCCCCUUCCAUCGUGAAGCACUCGCUUCUAGAAGAGUCCAGCAGCCUGCACAGCAUCAUCAGCGGUGAGAACACCCCGCUGAACAACUACGACGAACUGGACAUAGAGGGCGCCAUCAGCGAGCGCACCAAGGUACAACACGGCCCCACUAACCCACCCGAACCCAACUACCGGAUAACAUACGAGCCGUACGCGCCGCGCGAAAAUCAAACCAAUCAGCACGCGUUCCGCAACAUAACGAAUCGCGAUUCGCGCGCCUCCUUCUCCCGCCUGAACGCCGAUAGGCUGAAAACGAUCGCGUCGCCGAACGAGCUCGCGUGCGACGGCGCCCUAUUGGCCCCCAAAAGCGCCCUGGCCAAUGCCCUGGCGGAGCACAUAUACAAAGUGACCAAUCAGAAGCCGUCCACCGCGCGCCUGGACGAGAUUUUGACCAAUAAGAUCGCCCCGAAGGACUACGCUCAGAAGGAGAACCAAUGGUGGCAGGCGGAGAAGGAUUCUGGACAGGGCGAUGAGAUGUUCUCCGAUUACUACAUGUUCUCGAACAUG